ACCAACCAUCAAAAACCCAAAAACGAUGUUCAGUCAAAUAGCAAACCAACAACAACAACAGCAGCAAUCAGAAGCAUCAAACCAACUCAGAUUACUCAAAAGAUCGAUCGAAUCAAACCAACAUGAACAACAACAGCAACAACAACAACCACUCAUGAACACUAGUAACAAACUAGCACACCAUCAAAACAAGAAGAGACUCAACAAACAUCGACUAGACACCCCUACAAUAACAACAACAACACCAACAGCACAUCAGAAAUCAAACAAACUACACAAGACAACCAACUACAUCAACAACAAUAACAGCACCCCUCAUCGGUCACGACAGGUCCCUCAUCGGUCUACUCUUUCCACCAGACUCUCAUCAUCUUCAUCUACUCGUCAUCCAAGACCUUCCCGGAUCAUCGGAACUCAUUCACACUCCGAAUCCGCUAUCGAUGUGCUCCGUAAACUCCUCCAAUCUCGUUGGGAUCCCGUCACCAAACUGCUCGAUCUCGCUAAUCUGGCACAGGAUAAAAUCUUGAAGGCCGCCGGAAUCGCUGCGCCCGGUCAAAAAGGCGCCCCUCUAAGGACCGCCGGAGCGAUCUGGAAACUCUGCAAAGAGAUCUGUCCCAACGUCCGAUCGAUAUCUCUGGCAGAGAACCAACUACAGAGUCUACAACCCAUGUCCAUCAGCAGUUUAGUCGCGACUUUCCCGGAACUAGCCAAUCUAUCUCUAGCCGGAAACCGACUCGGCUCGUUUUCUGAUCUCAAUGCGCUCUCACCGACGACUGGACGUGGCGGGAUAAUGAACGGCUGCUCGUCCGGCCUCACGAGUCUACGCGAGCUGAUCCUGACAGGCAACCCGCUCCGAACGCAUGCCGAGAAGGACGGGCAGACGGGUCUGCAGAACUAUCUUUUCGAAGUCGUCCGACGCUUUCCCAGCUUAGAAGUCUUAGAUGGCGAGGCGAUUGAUCCUGCGAUGAAGGCGACGAUUGCCGCGACCGUUGCGGCUGCACCCAACAGGUCUCAGUCGAUGGUCGAAGAAGACAUGAUGGCCAAGCAACUCGAUACGCUCCCUCCUCAACCACCCCUCCCGAUGUCGAUCCAGCCGGCCUUCAUGAACGACUCGUCUACCUCGACCUUCGUUGCCGCCUUCUGUCUCCAAUUCUUUAACGCCUUCGACCACGAUCGCGCAAGUCUUAUGGACGUCUACGCCACCCAGUCUUCCUUCAGUCUCUGCGCCUCUCCCUAUAUUCCCGCCCGUGCUAAGAUGGCCGGGCUGACGAGAAACAGCCCCGAUAUGCCCGCUCAACAGGUCCCCUCUUGGAAUGAAUAUAUCGCCAUCAGUCGUAAUAAUGCUAGGCUUAAAGGUCCAAAAUUGAGUGAAAGAUUAGCGAAUGGGCCCGCCGAAAUAGUAAAUUUUAUGAAACAGAUACCAGGGACGAAGCAUCCGAUCAACGGGAGCGAAGACGGGACGAAGUUUGUUGUCGAUUCGUGGCAGAUGGGUGGUCUUGUGAACGAGAAUGUGUCGGUUGGAGGGAGCGUGAUAUAUGUGUCGAUCCAUGGCCAGUUCCAGGAGCUCCCUUCGUUGACUGUCCGCAGCUUCGAUCGCAAUUUCUUGCUUGGCGCUGCUGGUCCCGCUUCUGCGGCUGCUCUGAAAGGCUGGCCUUGUGUGAUUCUUACAGAUCAGUUAACUGUCAGAGGUUACUCCUCUCCUCAAGCUUGGGCGCCCACUGCCACCACAAGUAUCACUCCUCCUCAGCCCCAUGCCUCUGCUCCGGUCAUACCUCUUCCUUCAACUACAAACAAUGGCUUGGCUCAGCCUCCAAAACCUCUCAUUAUGAGUGAAGAAGAAAAGAAAGAAUUGAUCAAGAAAGUGAUGGAUUUAACAAACUUGAAUCUAAACUUUACGCUUGAUUGUUUGACCCAAAAUCACUGGAACUUUGAAGCUUCAAUCAAAAACUUCCAUGAGAUCUUACAGAGAGGCGGCUUACCCCCUGAUGCUUUCUUAUCUUCUUCUUCUUCUUGAACCCAUUUUUCUCUUACUUGUACUUGGUUACCCCGUUGAUGAUUGUCGUUUUUUUCUUUUUCUUGUGCUUUUCUGUCCAUAUUUCUGUUUCUGCUUCUUCUCAAACCUCUCCCUCUACCUCAUCACCAACAACAUCUUCAAGCUUCAUUACCCCUCCCCAUCUCUGCCUUUCCAAAAAAAAAAAGCUUCCUUAUCCAUAAUAUAUUUACCCAAUAAAAAGAACAGCACCACCAACAACAACAAAAAACAUUUAUAUAUCAUUCUAUCCAACCUCACAAAAAUCAAAAAAACUGAAAACACUCACACAACUGUAUUAUUAGCUCAGCUAGG